AUUCUCUCAUCCGCCAUGGCAGAUACGUCCUCAGUUCCGAUGCCCUCGACCUCUACUGCGCCGCCGUCGCCGACCGCGGCGGAGUUCACCGCGCUGCACCGCGUCUUCGCGAUCCCCCUGAUCGCUGCGUCUAUCGACAAGCUGAACGAGGUGCUGGCGACGAACGCCUAUACUUCUUCGUCGUACUCGACCGCCAAGGGCUUCUCGACCUCGGCGUACAAGUACGCGGAGCCGCUGCAGCAGCGCCUCGCGCCUUUGAUCGUUCAGGCGGACGGUCUCGCUAACAAGGGCCUCGACGUUGUGGAGGCACGCUACCCAUACCCUUUCAAGGCCCAGCCGGAGGACGUGGCCAACUUUGUGCGCGAGCGCAGGCAAAGUGCGACGGAGUACGUGCGCACGCGCCGCGAUAGCGCCGUCACUGGCGUUAAUAAGACCCUCGACGAGCGCGUACGCAGUCCGGCGCUCCACGUCGUGCAGGAGAUCGAUGGGCGUUUCGCACCCAUCGUCGACUACAUUGAGGCUCGCUUGAACGCCGAGAUCGGUGCAGCCAAGGACGCCACCCCUCCCUCCCCUACCACCGAAGCCAAGUACCAGUACCAGCGCGCCCUCGCCCUUACCAAGGCCCUCACCGACCACAUCUCCGUCUACUCCACCGAGCAGCUCAAGCAGCUGCAGGCACAGUCCGUUCUUGUUCAGAAAGCCACCGAAACCGCCCAGUCCCUCUCCGCUGCCGCCUCCUCCUCCGUCACCUCCGUCCAGACCCGUGUGCACGGCCUUUCCGACACGCUGGCGCAGCAGCUUCAGAAGCUGCAGGAGACGACCGCCGCACUGUCGGCCUCCCUCCACGACUCGACCGCGCAGAUUCAGCCGCACCUCCGCCAGACGUACGCCGAUCUGUCCGCAAACCUCACCGCGACGGCCGCUGAGCUCCGCGAGACGAUCACGGCGAAGGAUGUGCCGCUGCAGGAGAAGGCGCGCAAGGUCGGCGAGCAAGUGCGCGAGCGCGUGACGCCGCUGUUGGAGAACGUAAAGAAGGGGAUCACGGAGGUCGUCACCCGCACGCAGCAGAAGACCGCGGAGACGGCAGCAGCGGUGAACAGCACGAACGGAUCCGCGGAGGCGAAGUAAGCUAAUAGUAGCAAUGUGCUCCUCGUUGCUCUACUCCCUUGUAUCUCCCUUCUUGAUAUCCCUCAGGCCCUUGACACGUUAUCACGCCCUUGUUUCAUGGGACAUACGCCCCGCUCCUCCUAUAGGACAUGUUACGAAUACCAUUGCACGACCACAUUACUUUAUACUUACGCUGUUGUACUCGGGCUUGUUUCUGGUAGUAAACUAGCUGGAUAAGAUUGACCAUGGUCUGGUCACCAUCUCGUAGACUAGAGGUUGGUCAGGAUAUAGACAUGUUGUUUGGAGUUUUCA